AUGAGAGUCAGAGCUCGUCACUCCAGAUCUUCCGGCCGCAACUUCGAGUUCCACGGAUUCCCAAAGCUUCCUCCCGAGAUUCGGCGCGCAAUCUGGGAGGCCGCGCUACCUCCCCCAAAUAUCUGUCAGCCAGUUGGAGAGCGUCAGGCAGCCAGCGACUGGCACUCAGAGAGACCUACCAAGUUCAAGAACACCUGGAAGCCGCCUACCAUCAGAGCAGCUUGUCGGGAAGCCUACGAAGUCACCAUGUCCCGCGGCCGUUUCCGAUUCGGCUACUACCACGACAGCGGCAUCAGAGGCUUGUGGUUCAACGACAGCACUGACGCGGUCUACAUAUCUCGCCCGCAGCAGCUCGAAUACAACCACUUUCCUGACGUACAUAACAUCUACCUGGGUGCAUGUCUAGCUCUGGACUCUACACUCUGCUGGAAUUUCAUCAACAAUGAUGAGUUCGAUUCGUGCCGUCGUCUGGUCAUCGCCCUCGAUCCCAAGGGUCCCGUGGGCUUUGUCAGGAUGAUGACUACCACGCCCAAGUUCUGGACCAUGCAGGAUCAUGAUUGCUUGGGCAAGCAUGCUUUCAACGGAAAUGAUUACCCUGCCGGAGCUAAAUCGAGGCACAUCACACUGGGCCAAGCUAGACAAGUUCUCCUCCAUUUCUUCAAGAAGCGACAGGAGUCGCGACUUCAGAUGGGAAGAACAGACUUCUACCAAGGUCCUCUGAAGGUGGAGGCGGUGGAAGUCUUUCGGUAG